GGGGGGUCAGUGUGUUUGCAGAGAGGGGGGAGGACACAGUCACGCAACUGAAUGCGAAGGAGACUGAAGCAAUGGAAGGACUGGGGCUGUGUGUGAUCACCUUACUGAUAAGCAGUGCAUUUCAAAAUGCCCAUCCAGUGAGGGUGACAGUCAGAGAGACGAGUGUGCAGGUCCUGCGUGGAGACUCCGUUCUGCUGCCGUGCUCUUUCGUUACCAUGGCUACACUGUCUCGCCUCAAUAUCAUCUGGACCGUCACUCCGCUGUCUGAACCCAGCUCCCCUUCACAGGUGAUAGUGUAUGAUCGUGGUCAGGUGAUAGAGAGUCCCUCUCUGAUUGGCCGUGUCAGUUUUAGAUCUGUUCCGCUGAGUGCCGACAUCGUCCUCAACUCAACGAGCUUGUCUGACGCCGGGACGUAUCGCUGUGUAGUGAACAACCCUCCCGAACCCGGUGCGCCAGGGAUAGGGGAGCUGAGCCUAACUAUCCUCGCUCCCCCUUCCUCCCCUCUCUGUUUGUGGGAUGGCCAGGCAGAUGAGGGGGGCAGCAUCUCUCUGUCCUGCUCAGUGGAAGAGGGGGUCCCAGUACCGGAGCUGCGCUGGGACAAACUGGAACCAGAUCAGAUCGCCCUGCCUGUGAACAAGGAGGGCUCUCUCAAAGGGACUGUCCGGAUUCUGAACAUUUCUGCACAGAAUUCAGGACUCUAUCGCUGCACUGUGUCCAAUCCUCAUGGAACAGAGGCCUGCUCUGUGGAUCUCUCAGUCUACAGCACAAGCCACGGUGCAGCAGGUAUUCUCCAGGCUGUCUCUCUCACUCUCUGCAUGGCUCUGGUUCUCCUGGCUCUGCUGGCUCUGGUCCUGUGGUUCCAUCGCUCGGGACAUGACAGGAAGUGGAGAGAAGAGGGGGAAGAAGAAGAGUGCUACAAUGAGAUCAGGUACACCCCUGAACUCCUGCGGAAAUCAUUUGUUUAG